UCCAUUUCUGUGCUCCAGCCUGCAUCCGGACUCCACUCAUUCUUAGGGACCCGGUUACGGUGGAUGAAGCCCCCCACUCCAAUGUGACCUCAUUUCAGUGUGACCAGUUACAUCUGCAGUGAGUGACCCCAUCACCAAAUAAGGUCACUCACUGGAGGAGCUGGGGGUUGUAGGACUUCAGCCCACUUUGGUGCGGGGCACGGUCCAAUCUGCUUUUUAGAGGCUAAUGUUUUGGGUUAUUCAAAAGGAAGACAAAGCUCCCAGUUUCUCUCUGCCAGGACUACAGAGCAGAUGCUCUCGCCCGAGCCCUCUCCGAGGCUCGCUCAGGCUGCAGAGCUCUUGUUUGGGCCCUUUGUGAGGACCAUGAAAAACUGUUUACUUCCUCGGCUGCCUGGAUCAGCCAGCGUUCUGGACUUUGGACAUCUUGGGCUACAGUUGAGGUUUGGAUCAUUUCCCGGGCAGACAGACAAUAAAAGGACCACACAGAGAGACAACCCUGGCUCCGCCAGCUCACAUGGCCAGAAAGGCUGCCACCCCUGCCAGGCAACUCAAGGGCAAAGGGACCGGCGGACGUGCAGGGUGCAUCUGUGACGUGACUCCCGAGAGAACCCACACACCGCCGGCUCCUUACGUAAGUGGCAAAGAACUGCCCGAUCUCCUCCACCCCCCCGUCCUGCCCCGCUGGGGUUCGUCCAAGGUCAGUGUGGCUGAGGUUUUCCAGCCACCACUGUGCCCUUGUGAAGAAGGAAAGGGCUGGCUGAGGGGUGGGUGUUGGGGAGAACCAGCCGCCAAGACUUCACAGCACUUAGGGCAGAGGGGCGGGACCAACAGUCAAGGCUGCCAGGCAGUGCCCCUCUCCUGUCUCAAGGAAUGUCCUCACAACAAGGACCACGGACAGGUGGCUCUAGAGCGCACCACCCCCUAAGUCCUGGAUACACGAGAUGAGAAGCAAGCAAUUAACUGAGAAAAGAAUACCCAAGGAGCUACCGGGAACUCGUUAAAACAAAAAACGCAAGCCAGAUAAUUGCUCAAAAAUGCAUCCACCGGCUCAGCACGAAGGGAACAGAACAGCUGGAUCCGCGUUCUCCACCCAGCCUGCAAAGUGGAGAUGUGGCAGAAAAGCGUGUCCUUUACAAUGGAAAUGAAUCUCAGCCUUUGGGGGAGGCACUGCUGAGACUGCCAGCGUUUUACAGAGGGCCCAACCCUGCAGAUGGGGGUCGAACAGGGAGGGCUCUUAAUUAACCACUUCUCCAUCACUCACGCUGAGAAGAAAGGGCUUCUCGCAAACAUGGCCGCCAGGACAAGGACAGCAUAAUUUGCUAAAGAGCCACUUCCUCCUGUUAGUUCUCCCCAAAGCAGACUGGGUCUCUGAUUAUAGUCAGGACAAGACAUGGACAAGACAUGACCAGCAGCAGUACAGGCUCCACAGAGACGCAGGUCACCCACAGGGGCUGUUUCAGCUAGUUGGAUGCGGGAUGUGACCUCUCUCCGGAUGCGGAAGACACAAGAAAAUGAUGAUAUGAGGGAAGGGGGGGAAAUGGACAGACAGGACUCUAGGGAAAGAGUCCACAGCCUUGGCUCUUCCUUCCAAGGGUCACUGCGAUUGACCCCAAUAUCCUAGAAACCACCCAAAGAGUCACCAAUGCACCCUGGGUUUAAUCAACAGCUAAAACCUAUUCCUGUCUUUAAAAAAGUGGAAAAAAACAAAAACAAAAACAAAAAGAAAACCCCCAAACAAUCAAAAACAGUCAGACAAAUGUAAAACAAACAAACAAAAGAAGCGCAUGAGCCAAAGCACGGGAGACUGGUGUUUUUUUUCUUUUUCUUUCUUUUUUUUUUCUUCUUCUGGUAUUUGAAGACAGGGUUUCUCUGUGUAGCUUUGGAGCCUGUCCUGGAAGUCACUCUGUAGACCAGGCUGGUCUUGAACUCAGAGAUCCUCCUGCCUCUGCCUCCUGAGUGCUGGGAUUAAAAGUAUGCACCACAACCAGCUAUAUUGGCUUUAAAAACUUAAAUUCAGUGUUGAGGGCUGGCCUCACACACCAGAGGCCCUGGGUUUGAUUCCAGCACUGCCUAAAAUGAGGUGGUAAAAGCCGUGGGGGCCUGUGAUGUAAUCCCAUCCACCCAGGGGUAGGGACCAUCGCCACAGCCAGGUCUACCUAGGCUGUAUUAGACCCAGUCUCAAAACUGUCAUUUUGAGUCUUCACAGAAUCAAUAUCCUGAAUUUUACCUUCCCUUUAAAAAAAAUUAAUUUUUCACCAGGCAGUGGUGGCACACGCCUUUAACCCCAGCGCUUGAGAGGCAGAGGCAGGCCGAUCUCCAUGAGUUCGAGGCCAGCCUGGUCUACAAAGAGAGUUCCAGGACAACAAGAACAGUUACACAGAGAAACCCUGUCUCAAAAUAUGAAACCAAGAGACGGACCUUCCAUCCUAGACCAUGGCCAAGUUCAUCUGUAACUUUGCAGAGAAAGCCCCAGGGCUAGUAACCACUGCCGUGACUUACUUGAAGCCUCGAUUGGCCACAUUUUGGCGGUAUGCCAAGGUUGAGCUGGUUCCCCCAACCCCUGCUGAGCUCCCUGCAGCUAUUCAGAGUGCGGGAAAAAUAAUCCAAAGUGCUAAAACUGGUAGCUUCAAACAGUUUACAGUUAAGGAAGCUAUGCUGAAUGGUUUGGUGGCCACUGAAGUGUGGAUGUGGUUUUAUGUCAGAGAGAUCAUAGGCAAACGCGGCAUCAUUGGCUAUGAUGUUUGAAGACUGAUCUUUAACAUCUGAUUUUAUUUGAGUUCCUAUUUGAAUGUUCUUGGACCACAUGUAAUGAGACUGCUGUCUGAAUAAAAUAUUAGCUGUCGAUAAA